AUGUCGUAGUACACUUUUGUAUCAAGUUGAUCAGCAAUGUGUUGAUUUUACAUUUAUAAUUCCAUUAAAUAAAAACAAUAACUUAUUAUGUUAUCAACGGUAGCUGUAUGUAGGUGAUUCUAUUAUCGCCCACAUUUUAUGUUUGUGAUACACGAUCAAACAAUUCGCUAAUCUUCAAAGCUUCGAAUCUGCCCGUUGGUGUUAUUAUAUCGUCGAAAUAAUGUUCCGCGCAUGCCAUUAUUAGAUGUGCAGAUGAAAAAAUAACCGGCACAGGGUGUUCUAUUUUGUGGUUUCAAUAUGCUGUUUUGGACCGAAAAGUUGUUAGUUUUUCUGUGUGUUUUUGUUACAAAACUUUUUGGGAUAAGUCAUUCGUUUAAAAACGAAACAAGCCAUUACAAUUGGAAUUUGCUAGAUUACGAACAUUGCGGGGAAAGUUUGUCUGACAGGAUAAUUGGCGGGACAGAAGCAAGCUUGGGGCAAUAUCCCUGGUUGGCUAGGAUAGGAUACAAAUACCGUUCGAUUUUUGAUGACGGCGACAGUGAUUUCGAUGAUGAAACGGAUGAUAUGGAACCAACAUUUCGCUGUGGUGGUUCACUUAUAAACAAACUUUACGUAUUAACGGCUGCACACUGUGUAAUUAAUAUUCCACAGAAAUAUAAAGUGUCUAUUGUAAGAUUAGGUGAAAACUAUGUAGACACAAAAGUAGAUUGUGAAAAUGGCAUUUGUGCUCCACCAUACCAGGAUUUCAAACCUCAGACAAUUAUACCCCAUGAGCAUUAUGAUACUCCAAAAUUUCACAACGACAUAGCGCUGAUAAGGUUAAACUCAACUGUAGCGUAUCACGCAUUUGUCCAACCGAUUUGCUUGCCCUGGGGCAGUCAAAUGUUUGAGGAUUACUUGGGAACAUCUGCUGAAGUAGCAGGAUGGGGCAUACUGAAUAUUAAUGAGCAAAAGUUAAGUCAAGUCCUCAUGGUGGUAACUUUACCGAUUGUGGAUAUGGCAAAGUGUGAGAAAAGCUUUAAAAAAUAUACCACGCUUUCUAAGAAUCAACUUUGCGUGGGCGGGAAUGAAGGAAAGGACUCCUGUGGUGGCGAUUCAGGAGGGCCCCUUAUGAAACCAUCCGCGGCACAUGGAGCGCCAAGGUAUUACGUCAUAGGACUUGUUUCGUUUGGGUCGAAACGUUGCGGACUAUUUCCUAUUCCAGCAAUAUAUACGAACACUGCGAAAUAUUUGGAUUGGAUACUGGGCCACUUAAGACCUUGAUUGUUUUAUGUACAUUUUUUUAUCGAAAAUACGUUUAUAUUUUCUUUUUCUUUAAUACAAAAGCAUUUUUUAAUCAUUUUUAUAAACCAAGAAAGCUUUUUUGUUUGUUUUGUACCUGUAUCUAAAUAAACUUUUGACUUAUUUGUUUAAGAUAUAAAUGAAAUUUGUAAUAAAAUAAGUGCAAGGAGAUUUAUUGUUAGUGAAAUUUCCAGGUCUUCUUAAUUAAAAUUCAAUUUGUCGCCACAAUAACUUUUACUUUAAUUAUUCGUUUCCAUACUAAUUACAGUCAUGUAUCGUAGUAUAAUAUUUAGUACAGUUAUUUGUAAAAGAACGAGUGGAUAUUUGUUAGUGGUUAAAUGAAAAACCGAUUUCGUUUCUUCAUCUAGUUUUUACUACUUAUUAUAGGGACACUAAAAAGAUAGUAGCAUCCGAUUUAGUUAAUAAUUUUAUUAUUGCAUGCAUGUCUUUAACCUUUGUUUACUUGUGUCGUAUAAAUGAGCGUAUGAAAGUGUUACUAUGUAGUUGUAUUUUCCAAGGCAGGCAAGAUACACUGAUUGCAGUGUUGUGUAUGUUGUGGAAUGAAGAGUUCAGUUGUUGACCAAAAGCCGAUAAAGAAAGAAGAGCAAUUGUGAUUUGAAUCAAAGUGUUAGUGCUGUGUGAUUUAAAAAUGAACCAUUUUCUCUUCGAUUUUUUCCUGUGUUUUUUUAUACUUAGUUCUUGGAGAAAGUUAAGUGUAAAUUCUCGUAAGUAGUAGGUUUCUUUUUUCUACUUCUUUUACUUUUUUUAUACAAAAAAAAUUGAACUGUGACAUUAUCGCUAUCGAGAAUGUAACUUUUAUUACUUAUCGCAAGCUGUUACAUUUUGCAGAUAGCUUAUAUUGUUUUUUUUCUGUGUAAAAAUUAAAAUUAGAUAAACUGUGGUGAAAAUGAUUUUAUUUGUAUUUAAAUCCCUUGUUAGUAUUAUUUACAAACUAGUGUUAAAUAGUUUAUGAACUCAGUAGUUGUAGGCUUUUUUUUUUAUGAAUAUAUCUAUUCGUACUUCGUCAAGUUUGUGAUAUUUAAGCAAAGAGAGAAGAGAGGUUUAAUAAUAUUUUGUUUUAAUAUUUGCCCAUAAUCUGGUUUUUACUUUUUAAUGCUAAGUUAGUAGAUUAUGUCAUAAGAUAUUCCCAGUGUGAUUGAAGUUAUUUUAUCGAGCAAUUGCGUCAAUAUAAGCAUAAAAAUAUCAACAUUAUAUAAGGUAUUUCUGUUUUUUUUUUUCCUGUAAAUAUGCUGUAAAAAAUAGGUAUGUGAUAAUUAUUCUAAAAUUACAGUGGAUUUCGUUCGUAAUACAAAAUUUGAAUUAUU